GGAGGGCCAAAGUGAAAGAGGCAAAGGCAGGCAAACAGUUUACAUCAUUAUUCCAGAAAGAUCUGCCAGGGGCCGUCAGAGUUGCUCUAUUUAAGUGCGCAGGCAGAAGAGACAGCAGUUUUCUGAGUGCUGCUAAGGCCCAGACGCAAAAUGGACAUCGCCAUUCAGCAUCCCUGGUUCCGUCGCUCCUUCUGGCCAUCCGUCUUUCCCAGCCGGAUCUUUGACCAGCACUUUGGGGAUCCCAUCUCUGAGGCCGAAAUGAUUCCCUCGCUGUACUACCCACGACCAUCCAUUUUCCGCUGGCCAAGCUGGGUGGACAGCGGCCUUUCUGAGAUGAAAAUGGAAAAGGACUGUUUCUCACUAAAUCUGGAUGUCAAACACUUUAAACCAGAGGAGCUGUCAGUGAAAAUCAAUGGAGAUUACAUUGAAAUUCAUGCCAAACACGAGGAUCGUCAGGACGAUCACGGUUUUGUCUCACGAGAGUUUCAAAGAAAAUACCGUGUCCCUGCUGGUGUGGAUCCAGCCUCUGUCACUUCCUCCAUGUCUUCUGAUGGCGUUCUGUCAGUGACAGCCCCACGCAAGCACACAGACGGCCCGGAGCGCUCCAUUCCCAUCACCCGUGAUGACAAACCCGCCGUGGCUGGGUCUCAGAAGAAGUAAAGCUGCUAGACUUCCAUGUUUCAAUUAUGUCCCUUGAAUAACUUAUUAGCCCAGUGUUUCCUGACAGGCCAAAACUUAUUUUGUCUUUGCUACAGCGGCUAGAGAAGAAACAGUUAUUAAGUUGAAAACUCCAUCAGUGUCAAACUAACUGUAAACACAAUCUGACGAAAUGAUGAAUGUUACCUAAAAGAGAAAUACAGAGAAAUACACUUUUACAAUAAAGUAUUGUCUUCUGUUGAUGCCACCAAACAAAGGGGCUUUUGUAUAUCGUGCAGCCUUGACAACAAGACAAAGUAUUUGAGUGUAGGAAUAUUUUUCCCUGUCAUUUCUUUUUUUUAACAAAGACAAACAGGCAAAAAUGGGCCAUUGUAUUAAGCUGGAUCAAAUAGCAAAAAAUGCCACAGUCUCUCAUUAUUAAUGGUGACAUUUGCAGAAAAACGGGAACACUUUACAAUAAGGUCCUAUUAGUUACCGUUACUUAAUGCAUGAACUUGCAAUAUAUUUCUUACAGUAUUUAUUAACCUUUGUUAACGUUAAUUAAUAAAAAAUACAACUCCAUUGUUAUUUCAUGCUAGCUCUGGUCCAUUAAAUAUUAUUAACAGACAACUUUUGAUGUUGAAAUUAACAUUAACUAAGAUUAAUAAAUAAUUUUUCAUUGUUAGUUUGUGUUAUAGUUAAAGUUAACAAAUGGCACCUUGCUGUAAAGUGUUUCUUCUGUUAAUGUGUAUUCUGAGUGUGUUAAAAUGAUCUGUUUGAGAUGUCACAAUGGCUAUUGUUUUUGGUUUGAAAAAGUAAGUUUAUUUUGAAUUUAAUGAUGGAUUUGGGACCAGAGGACACAGUGAGGGAAUGUGGAUACAUUCUUAAAAAAGUGAGUAUUUAAGUGUGAAUGUUGAUCCAGCUUUUGAUUGGUUAAUGACACAUUUAUGCACUGCAUUGCUUCAUACUAUACUUUCGCCACUGUAUUUACAUGACAAUAGCAGCACCAGGGCUUUAAAACCCAAGGUUAAAGGGGGCUAUUUAUGAUAAACAUAAACGGUUAAACGGAAUUAAACGGUUAACUGUUAAUUCAUGGUUAAGCAGCAUGAAUAGCAGGUGCUGUUUACACGGUGGUACGGUUAAAAAAAACUGGUGUUACUGCAACAAUUAAUGAAAAUUAAAGCAUAUUAAAGCAAGUUUAUUCAUGCAAGCAUGGUGUAUAGGUCAAAUGACUCCCAUGAGAUUUACCAAAUAAUAUUUGAAUGUUAUUUUUGAGAGUGAGAUGUGAGCUGAGAUGUUUGUGCAUGUGAAUAAGUGCCAAGAAUUUUAUACUGUUUGCAAUCAUUGAAACUAUUUGGUAUCUUAGCAAUGGCUCACUUAUUCAACAAUGGUAAAGCUGCUAAUAUCAAACUCGAUCAGUCAUUUUUUGAUAUGGAAAAGCAACAUAAGCAGGUUCUGACAGAGAUGUAGGAAAAAUAUUCUUAUUUCCUCAUAUUUAUGUCACUACACUUCAGCAAAGGCCUAAUCUACUGCAUUAUCCCCACUAUAGAGGUGUUAGUGAGAAGGAGCACUUCAAAACAUGGCUUUGUACUGUCCACUGCUUACAUUCCUCAUUAAUCACAGC